AAGCAGCAGCCAUCGGAAAUGGCUGGCGGCCUUACAUUGACCCAUUCACCAAGCAUAGUCAAGUCGGGUUACUUGAUUGCGGCGGACGCGUCAGCGAUCAGUCCAGUCGACAAGGGCUCGCAAGUUUUCGCCUACACAUCAAAGACAAUGUGCAGUAACAAGGUUGUGCUUUGCCAACUGCAACUGUAUAGGUCUAAGUGAUUGGGCGAAGAUGUUAUUCGCUCUUCCGGGACUGUUUUAGGGAUUGGGAGGACAACACAUUUUUCUUUUGUUUUUUGCUGUUCGUUGCUGGCCAAUUUACAGCCAUGGGUCGAUUGGUUCGAUCGCGGUUAAAAAACGGCAUUAAUAUGCGCCGCGACUCGUACUUUCUGGUCGUUAGCUGUACGUCGCUUUUACUUUACGCCAUUUGUUUGUACACGUUUCUCCAUUUGAACGGGUACAUCGGUGCGAAAAGUUUGGCAUCGGGAGCUGCACCGCCGACCGGGAUCGGAGGACGGCACGCGGACCAGGGCGACGUCCAAAAGAGUUCGCUUUUCGCAGCUCCGUACGUCAAAAGCCAGGCGCAGUUCGACGACGGCAAGAUCCACGAAUUUCAGCACAACGUCGGACAUCCAGUCGACUGGGAUAUGCGAGUCAAAGAGUUGGGCAUUCACGACAUUGGCGAAUACAUCCGAACGCAGCGCGAAAAACGGGAACACAUUCAGACGCUGCUACAGCAGCCCGGAUCGCAGACAGCAGCAACGAAGCGCGGUCCGCCACGGAACGCGGAGCAACGGAGGUUCGUUGCCGGCCGGCAUGCGAACGAUAAGGCGCUGACAAAUGAAAGGGAGUCCGGCGGAGAGUCUUCUUGGCGACGGAUAAGCCGUUCAGUUAACAACUCGAACAUUAGUGCGAAUCAGAGUACGGAAGCCAAGAAAGCCGGCAAUCACAGCGAUGAGGUCAAACCUCAGCCUCUGUUUCCUACCGAUCUAUUCACGCAAGAGGAACGCCAACGCGGCGCUGUCAUUCUUCACGUGAUGGGCGUCGUCUAUAUGUUUGUGGCACUGGCCGUCGUCUGUGACGAAUUCUUUGUGCCAUCGCUUGACGUCAUUAUUGAAAAGCUGAAUAUACCGGACGAUGUAGCUGGGGCGACGUUCAUGGCGGCCGGCGGCAGCGCUCCAGAGCUCUUCACCAGCGUCAUCGGUGUCUUCGUCUCCUUCGACGACGUCGGCAUCGGAACUAUCGUCGGAUCAGCUGUCUUCAAUAUCCUCUUCGUCAUUGGCAUGUGCGCCCUAUUCAGCAAGACAAUCUUGUCGCUUACCUGGUGGCCACUCUUCCGCGACUGCACAUUCUACAGCAUCAGCCUCAUUGCCCUUGUUCUCUUCUUCAUGGACAACUUGAUCGUAUGGUGGGAGGCCGCCCUUUUACUGGGUCUCUACGCCCUCUACGUCUCCUUUAUGCGUUGGAACGAAGAGGUCGAGCGGAUCGUCAAGCGCUUCCUUUACCGUAAUACCAUGCCUCGCAUCUCCAGCACCGACCACCUCGUCACAACCAACAAUGCAAACAAUCGAGGCCCCCCUAGUCAAGCAUCAGUGAGCAGUGGCGGCGGCGGAUCUUCGGGAACCGCUGGAAACGUUCCCGAAGGUGGAACCGCAAAUGACCGAGGCCGGGCAGCAAGUGCUGGGAUACGAGGUUCCAAGUUCCGCCAUGGCCUACUCACGUUGAUGAUUCACAGUAUUGACCCGAUGCACGACGGAGGCCAUGUUGACGACAAAGCCAACAAACUGCAUGCCAUUGCCUCUUUGCGAGUAUUGUUGGACGCUACGAAGGAGCAAACCGUGGCCAAUGGUCGCGAUGCAAAUGAAGAGUUUUCUUGCACCGCACGAUCCGAGAUGACACCCGUGGAAUCGUUUAUUGUCAGCGAAGCAACUGCAGCGUCCGCAUCUGUUUCUGCGGCCACAGCCAUCCUCACUAAAACAGACGCCGGUGUUUCGGCUGUCGUCGAUUGCACAUCAAUGUCUAAUCGGCAAGACGCUAACGGGGCUGUCGGCGGUGCCGACGGUGCUGCUGGCGGCGGCGAUGAAGAAGCCGCAAAACCUCUGGACCUGUCCUGGCCAGAAGGGACUCGCAAACAGUUGACAUAUAUAUUCCUGGCACCAAUUUUGUGGCCGUUAUGGUUGACCUUACCCGACACUCGAACGCCACAAGGAAAGCGGUUCUUUGUCAUCACCUUCAUCGGUAGUAUUCUUUGGAUUGCUGCCUAUUCAUAUCUCAUGGUAUGGUGGGCUAACUUGACUGGAGAGACAGUUUACAUCCCCCCCGAGGUCAUGGGCUUGACCUUUCUGGCUGCUGGUACCUCGAUCCCUGAUUUAAUAACAUCGGUGAUUGUAGCACGAAAGGGCCUAGGAGACAUGGCUGUUUCUUCGUCGGUUGGAUCGAAUAUUUUCGACAUUUGCGUUGGGCUACCACUUCCAUGGCUACUAUAUUGCAUCAUCAUGGGCAGCCCAGUGCCAGUUAGCAGUUCGGGAAUGGCUUGUUCCGUUCUCGUCCUUUUCGGCAUGCUGUGUUUUGUCGUUCUCAGCAUUGCAUGCGCCCGAUGGAAAAUGAACAAAGCACUUGGAAUAACCAUGUUUGUCUUCUACUUCGUUUUCGUCGCCGUUUCCCUUGGAUUCGAGUACGGGACCUUAAGUUGUCCCGUUUAGCUCUUUCUGCCAAUGAGCUUCUAAUGAAAAGGCAAAAAAAAAACAAAAAAAAAACAGUGUUUUGAAAGAAUCAGUUUUACUGGUCAUUCAAUUCCCCAUCAGCAUUUAUUUAGGAUUUUUUAAAAAACGAUUCCUAGCUGAAGCCCCCUGUUGAGAUUUGAAUCGCAUUUCGACUACCUUUCCCAUAAACAAAAAAAUUAUGUGGUUAUGAUUAAUUGAAUAAUUUUUUUUUGUUCGUUUCCCACCGAAAUAGUAAAGAUAACGCAAAUUAUUUUCAUCGCACUCUACCCCAUCGACCCGCCACUUUGGAUUUAGUUCAAUUCCGCAUGUUGUAAGUUUCUUUUUUAAUUUUUUAAAUUUUUUUUACACAGCCCCGGUUGCUUCAUUUUGCGACCUCUUUUGUGAAAUAUUACGACUGAUUUUCAUGAUUUUCAUUUUCUUAUCACAGUGUGCGUUUGAGGUCAAUGAGCAUUUAGGUCUGGGAUAUGAAAGGAGAUCGCAGAGGGCUGAUUUAAGUAAUGUCUUCUUCUUUUCAAAUAUUGGAGUUUUUUCUUACUCAAGAUAAUUUAGUCGACGCGACGGUGAAUUUUGAUAAUCAUUUGCAUUUAUAUGACAAAGAUUGUUAUUUCAAAAAUCAAAAAAAAAAAAAAACAAGAAAAAGAAAGGAUCUCGAUAUGUUAGUACUAAAUACAAGGGAGGCCAUAGACAAGUCAUCGCCGCCAAUAUCAAAAAUUGCAUUACAACAGGAUUCACCGUAUUAACAUUUCGGCUAGUCACACCUUAUAGAGAACUUUGAAUAAUCUGUGUUUACAUUGAGUUCGUUUGAUUCAUUAUAGCCUUUCUAUGGUAUUUUAGAAAUUUGUUUGACAUAUAACUUUUUUAACGAUUCCUCUUGAAAGCAGUUUUUAAGGACCCGUAUCAAAAGAAAUUCAAACUAACUUGUUUAACUUUUUACAUAUUUUGGAUUCCAUGCGCAACGUCGAAUUUGAGAAGCACAUUUUUAUGCGAGAUCGAAAUGAGACUUAAAAAAAAAAAAGGAAAAAGCUUAUGUAAAAGAAAGACACCCUCGCAGAUGUUCUCUUUCAUCUUUGUGGCUAGAAAUAUCUGAUCUUCGGGCAUAGUAAUUAAAUCCUUCCUCGUGUAGAUGCCACUUCCAAACGAUAGGAAACACCUGGAAGGGAAGGUUGAAAGCAAUAACACUUUUAUUUAUGUUAUCGUGCACAAUUGGUGAUUUUUUUUUUUUUCAAUUCCCCUAAGUUUCCGGUUAAUGGUUCGUAGUGAUUAGUUUGCGUGCGAAGAUCUACUUUUGCGUUCAUUCGCUGCAGCCUGUAUUUAAAACAAUUCCUCCAGAUAUUGGUGGCGUAUUUCUAGCAACUGGGAAUGGAAAGUAGACGUGUGAUUUUUUUUCUCCUAUUCUUAAUAUUCUAGGCAAAUUUGUAAAGCCCUUCCUUUCUCGAUUUUUUAACUCGAUAUGUUGUUAUUGUUACGUAAAGUGGAAAGUGGAAAUGGUUAAAUAACAACGGAAGUUUCAUUCUGGGGUCAAAAGCAAUACACAUGGAAAGUCAAUAGACA